UGCACAUACACAGGGGGUGAAAAAUGACAAGGCAGAGGUGUGGUCCAAUUUGCUCACAUUUGGGAUGUUCCUCUAGCAUAUAGCCGUGGACGUUGGAGAGCUGCGUGACUGGCACGCAGGGUGACAAUGGCGCACCGAGAUAAGUGCACCACUGAUCACGAGCAACAGUUUGACAACUCUUCAACGGUCUUGGAGAAGAUUGCUGGCCUGUAUGCAGAGCGUCUCCUCAGUGAUAUUACCUUGGAAGUUGGUGGAAAGCAGUAUGCUGCACACCGGCUGAUCCUGUGUGCUUCCAGCGACGUUUUUCAGGUGAUGCUGAUGGACCCCAAGUGGAGCUCCAGCAGGACAUCACACAUUGAGCUAAAGGAGGAACCCCUUUGCGAAACUGUUUUUGGCGACUUCCUUGGCUAUCUGUACACCGGCCGCAUGCGUGUUGACCACUUGCGUGUGCUGCCAUUGGUGGCCCUAGCCGACAAGUAUAAUGUCAAGGACCUCAUGCGUCUCUGCAUCAGCUAUAUGGCUCACCACAUUGUGUCUGCUGCCUACCACAACCAACUGGUCUCCUGGUACCGGUACACGCUAAACUGUGGCUCUACUGCAGUGCACAAAGCAUUUAGCAACUUUAUUGCCUGGAAUUUUGAGCUUGUAGCCAACACAGAAGACUUUGGAAACAUUGAGCUGGAUGUCCUGACCUCAUUUCUGCGCAGAUCAGAUUUAGUCAUCGCCAGUGAGUUUCAGCUGUUCAACUAUGCCGCCCGGUGGCUGUCCCUGCAGGAGCCAUGGCCCCAGUGUGCCCGGCCUGGCAACGAGGAAGCAUUUGGGCAGCUGGUGAGCCAGGUAAUGGCACAUGUGCGGUUCCCCAUGCUGACACUUGAUGAGCUGGAUGGGCUGCUCUCCCACCCUCUAGUGGUGCGCUUCCAGAGUAUCUUCUUUGACCGCCUGGUGAUAGCACUGGACUUCCAAACACGAGCACGUACUAAUGGGUUUUGGCGGCAGUGGCCCGAACUGAUGGUGCCUCGCAUUUACACAUCGGACACAUGGUCAGCCUCUUUGUGCAUUGACAACUACCCCUGCCGGACUAGAUUUGGUGUGCACACACUCAUCUUUAUGACACCUGGCAGCCUGUCGGGGGCCUUGGCGGACAAGCUACUUGAAUGGACUGUUGAUGUGUACCCUAAGGGGGUGCUUUUCCACCGGUUCCUACUGAUUGCACUGCGUGAGACACUAGAAGGGCCAGAAUCACAGACCAAGACUGUGCGGCUGUCGCUUACUUCAAGUCGUUUCAACGAGGACACUACAGUGGUGGUGAGCAUUCUGGUGAGUGGAAUGCAGGAUGGUGUGGAGCAUGUGCGCACAGUAGUGCAGCGCGAGCACACAUUCACCCAGGAGUCGCGCAUGCUCAAUUUGGAUGACCUGGUACCGUAUGCAGAGCUCAACGACGUGCCCCGUGGUGCCUCACCUUUCCUUGUGGGGCCCCACUGUGACCUCUUCCGUUUGCGCAUCUCCAUCACGCCCCUGUGCCGUAAGAGCUAGGCAUGCAGGGCUAUACUUCAGGUUGUUGGUCUUUGUGCCUUCUCAGAUGUCUGGCCUCUCUCUGGACUUGCAGUUGUGGCCAUUGUAUCUGCGGCAUUUAGCAGGGUGGUGUACCUGCUGCUCUAAGUGCGCUCAAUUAAGUGAAGACCAAUGGUGAAUAUGUCAUCUUGCACACUUUCAAGGUCCAUGACAUUUGGCCCAAGCUUGUUAAGCACACUGAUGGUAUUCAUGUGUGGGCCUGAAUAGAAUAGUUCAUGUGGGCAGUUCUAAUUGCUAUGUCAGGCAUAAUCAUGGUCAAGUGACAUGGCUAACCUACCAGAAGUAUAUUCAGUUUGCUUGCUGCAGCAAAGAUUAGGCAGUUAUGUUUGUGACUGUUGGCAUCAUCAAGGUAACGCAUAGCUUUGUGUUUGCACUGUUCUAAUUUUGAGUGUUAUGUGCUUCCCUGCAGUGGACAUGGCCGACUCAUGGUGGUUUAUGCUUGUUAUAUUGUUUACUAUUGUUGUAUUUAGAAUGUUUAUAUUUCCUAUUGAAUUGCCUUUAGUUGCACCAUUUUUACCUUGAAGAUGUCUUGACCAUGCCAAGAAUGUAAUCGCAAGUAGAUAUAACUUGUUUCACACUGCAUUCGAGCCCGUUUAUGUCGAACCUGGAUACUUGAAUUCUUGCCUACAUCGAACAGUGAAAAUAUGCUCUUGAAAAUACCAUGUAGAUGUAUAAGUGCACUGUGGGGCUACAUUGAAACUCCUUCUACCAAUUCAUUCAACAUAUUGAACUGCAUGCAGCACUGUGCCCUGUGAAGUGGACGUCUGUCUGAGCAGUUCCACCAGGCUGGCAUUGACUUGAGUGACCUCAAUUUCUUCUCAUUGCAAUAGAUGUGUUUCAGAGACACUCGACGCUCCAUGGAAGGUCCAUGUGGCAUUCCGGUCUGAUGAUUGCUUUUACUAGUGGAAUGCACUUGACUGGCCAUGAUCUAUUUACUUAAAAAUAAGUCACUGUAAUGCCUGCAUCUCUUUGUUUUCCUCAAGAUGCCCUCUUUGAUAAGCAAAAACCAACAGCAGCUGUGAAAGUACCACACAUUUUAGGUGGACCAUUCAUUGCUAUGCAUUAUGCCUCGUCAUGUGGGCAUAUGUGCCAAGCACAGAGUACAUGACAAGCAUAACGUGGUCAUUCCAGUAAUUUUUGCCCAGUGAUCAUGCGUUGUCAUGCUGCACCACAACACCAGUUAUCAGUGUGCAAUUUGCAUAGUGCAAUUGGUGUGCAAAAGCUGAGCGCAUUUCUGCAACUGAGUACUUCAUUUUGUUUGCAGUUAUUUAUUGCAAUAAUCUUGACACUGCAGUUUGUCAUGAUAGCAGGAAAUUAUCAGAGAUGAAUUGAAGGUUUCACUUAGAUGCCAAAUUGGCACAUUUUUAUACACUGAGUUAUCAUGUUAGAUGGUGUGUGCCACCUAUAGGGGCACCACUGAAAGCUACCUGGCUGUGGACUUCAGAAUCGCGUAUGGGAGAAGGAGUGCGGCUGUCCCGCCUCUGCACUAAGGAUGACAGAUGUAUGGGGCUGUGUUGUUCGGUUUGUGCACUUGAAAGAAACUUUUUUCUGUAGCGACAGCAUCCACAAAAAGAAGCACACUUUAUGAAACUGGACGUGUUUUCAAUGUUAUUGUGAUUUAAGAUGGCCCACUUUACAAACUAGCGAGCUGCUUUCCUCAGACAAGUGUGACAAUGCCCAGCUGUGAAUACAAUGUGUUGUUUUCAUAUCUCUUGCAAUUGCCCAGUGCUGACUUGUUUGCAUCUCUUAGUUAACGUAAUGACCUUGCUGUACUCAUGUGACAAAUCUACGUACCCAAAACAGCAACAGCAGCCAUGCAUUUGUUUCCAACCUAGAGUGUACUGAAUUGCCAUCCAUGCAGAAAAGCAACACUUUUCAAGCUAUUGGUAAUGGAAGCUUGCUAUUUCUUACAAAGGUAUGAAGACCAUGGGGCACAUUUUGUAAUGAUAGACUUCACAUACCAUUUAUUACAACACUUAUAACUGGCUCUGAUGACAACACCCUGCAGUUAUCGCCUGGAUGGGACACACAGCAGGACGGAUAAGGAAGGAAGAUUGCUAAAUGAAAUGGAUUGUUAAAAAGUACAGCUACAGGCUCAAAAGAUUGCACCAGCAAGCACCCAAUGUAAUGUUCGGGUCCACAAUAACCCUAAACUAUCGAAGCCCAUGAGGUAAGAGAAGAUGCAAAAAGAUGCUAUCCAUACAGCUGUAUGCCCGGUCCUUUCCUUGCUAGCACUUUAGAAGUUGUCUAUGCUUAGCGGUACGCGGUAUUGCAAGCUUGAUUCACAGCCUUAUAUUUCUCUAUGAGAGCCAUUUCCUGCGUUAGAUAGCUGCCUCGGAUGCAUAUAUUAAAGGAUGCAGUUUUCAUUUUUG